AUGGCUUCAUCAACAACUUCGCCGUGUGCGGCGUGUAAGUUUCUCCGGCGAAAAUGCACGACAGAGUGCGUGUUUGCACCGUAUUUUCCACCGGAUAACCCUCAAAGAUUCGCAUACGUACACAAAGUUUUCGGUGCGAGCAACGUGGCGAAGCUGCUUAACGAGCUUACGCAGAGUCAGCGUGAGGACGCCGUUAAGUCACUGGCUUACGAAGCCGAGGCGCGGCUUAGAGACCCUGUUUAUGGCUGCGUUGGUCUUAUCUCUCUUCUUCAACAUAAGUUAAGAGCGAUUCAAGGUGAACUCAAUAAUGCUAAAAAGGAACUUGCAACUUAUAUUGGUCCCCAAGCUCUUCAGGGAAUUCCUACGAGUAUUCUUCAACCCCAUAGUAUCCAAAGCAACCCGUUUUCGAAUUCUCUUUACCCAUAUAAUGGCAACAUUCCGGCGGUGACAGCGGCUAAUCAGAUGGUGAUUCGUGAUCCACAACCUAUGACACCUCAACAUCAGAUCUUGGAAGCUCAACAGUUGGCUGCCGCUGUUGCUGCUAGAGAGCAACAAGAGAUUUUUAGGACUUUUGAAAAUCAACAACAACAACAGGAGUUUUUGAGAUUCAGUGGUGGGUUUGAUGUGGAUUCGGUUUCUAAUUCUCCCGGUGGGUUCAACCAAGUAUCUCCAGUUUCUGCUGCUGCUGUUGGUGUUGUUGCUGACCAAUUGUCUCCUUCUUUGGCCUUGGGAUCUUUUGACAAUACUUAUCACCACAUGCAGCAAACACAACAAGAGUCUCAUCCGCAUCAUCAUCAUAAUCAUCAUAUUCCACUUCAAGCACAGCUUUUGCUCCCUCCUCAGCAGAAGCAAGCACUGCCACAAUCUCAACAUUCACCUUUAGCACAUCACCAACAACAGACGGAAAGCGAGGAGUGUAGGAGUGUUGGACUUGGUCCUUCGUGUUGA